AUGAGGUCUCACUCUAUUCUGCCAGACUUUGGAAAGGACAGCUUCAUUAGCCUGUCCACUCAUCCAACCACAAGCCAGAUGGCACUUCUGGCCAAUCAAAUCAUGGACGCCAGGCUCCUCAAUGGCAUGAAUGGAAGAGUUGAGCUCUCUCAUUUCUUCCGGGUUCCCAAUCAAAGCCUGAUCUCUCACGUGAACUCCGCGCAGGAUGACAACCGCAAGAACCGGAAGUAUCCCUGCCCGCUGUGUGGGAAGCGCUUUCGUUUUAACAGCAUCCUGUCGCUUCACAUGCGAACGCACACUGGUGAGAAGCCAUUCAAAUGCCCUUACUGCGACCACCGGGCGGCUCAGAAAGGCAAUCUGAAGAUCCACCUUCGUACUCACAAGCAGGGCAUUUUGGGUAAAGGACGUGGGCGGAUUAGAGAGGAGAACAGGCUGCUUCACGAGCUGGAGGAGAGGGCCAUACUCCGGGACCGCCAGAUGCGAGCGGGCCAGCAAACAUCCAUCAUGUCCCAAAUUCAGCAAACCCAAUUGUCUCAAAUACAAAGCCAGCUGAUAAACAACUCCGUCAAGGCGGCGAAGCAAACGUCGACUUCUCCGAACUCCUCAGUCACCCCUGAGGAGCAAGUCAAUCCUCAACCGGCGGGUUUUCGCUGCUCAUUCUGUAAGGGCAAGUUCAGGAAGCAGCAGGAGCUGGAGCGCCACAUUCGAAUCCUCCACAAACCGUACAAAUGCACCUUGUGUGAGUUUGCCGCUUCACACGAGGAGGAGCUCAUCGGCCACGUGGAGACAGCACACAUCACCCCCACCGAGUCUGCUGCGGGACCUAAACCUCUGAUUGGGGCCAGUGACAAGGGGAAGCCCAUUGGUGAAUUUCCCUGCGAGAUUUGUGGCCAAACUUUCAGUCAGGCUUGGUUCCUCAAGGGCCACAUGAGGAAACACAAGGACUCAUUUGAGCACAGCUGUCAGAUCUGUGGGCGACGUUUCAAAGAGCCCUGGUUUCUCAAGAACCACAUGAAGGUCCACCUCAAUAAGCUGGCUUCAAAGAGCAAUCUUCCUGCUGAGUUCGACAACUCGGCGAACAUGCGCAGUCUCUCACAAGAUGCUCACAGCAAUCUCUAUUCCGAGUACAUCUCACGCAUUCCCCACAGGUUCCUCAUGGCUGACAGAGUUGACCAGACAGAUUAUAACCAGAUUCUGGCCUCGGCAGGUGUUGAUCUGAAGGUCAAAGACAUGCUGGGGAGAAUGGUUUCCUCUGGUCAAACACCUGUAGCAGAUGAAAAGAGUUGUUCUUUGAUGGGUCUAACCCAUCUUUCCUCACCACUGAACUCCGGCAAUCUGGACUAUCUGCAGAGGGUCAUCGCAAACAGAGAUGCCCUCAGCAGCAGCAGUUACCCCGGCUGGCAGAUCAUGACACCUGGGCUGCCUGUCGAACAGCAACUCUACAAUCCUAAAGACGAGCCCAACCAGCCGAGCUCCACCUUCAUGUCACAAAGACAUCCCCUUGAAGAUAGAGGGAAAGUGAGCCAGGCUGAUCCAGAGGCCAGCGACAUCAGCAGACCCAGCAGCCGGGGCAGCCUGAGUCAUGCUGGACAGAGUGAGACGCUGACAGAGUCAGGGAAGCCUCACCAUGGUGGAACCGUGGACCCUCGAACACAACCUUCAUCUCCAGUCUCAGGUGAGAGACUCUACAAGGGCCCACCUGCGACCGACCACUCCACCGCCUCUCUCAGCUUCCACCUGGACCGCUUCUCCUGGCAGUCCAGCAGGGAUCCGUCUUCGUCUCCACUGCAGCCCACCACCAGCAGCAGCAGCAGCAGCUCCAGCCCCAAGGUCAGACCCCGGUCCAGAGAGGACUGGAGUCCAGCUAAAGGUCACUUACUCUCUCAGGAGAGCAACGCUGAAAACCUCGCACUUGUGAACAAACAGACGGAGAAAGACAAGGAUCCAGCUGUUGACAGUCUUCUGCCAACCAAAAAGUCGGAGUUUGAGCCUCUGGAUCUGUCGGUCAAACCGGAGUCUCUCUUGGCGCAGAUGUCCGGCAUGUUAAGUCAUGACCUCUCCUCCUCCACUGGCCUCCGACUUCAAAGUUACCCCAACGCCCAACCUGAAUAUCUGUCCGGCAAGACAGCAGAUAGCGCCGGGAAUGCUGGUGAAGAUCAGAGCCUGUGGAAGCUUCAGAAGAGCCUUCAUAAUGGGGACGUGGGGAACGCCAGCUUUGAUUUCCAGGCCUCGUCUGAGAGAAAUGGCAUUUUGGGGCAGUGGAGCAGACCCGCAGCCGACCCCGCUCCAGAGCUGAGCCUCCAGCAGCAGGGUGGCGUGCUGGCCAUCCUCAGAGGCCAGAACUGCGCUGCUCUGAAAGCUACACUGAACGGUGGAAGCACGGAGAAAGACGUCGCUCCAGUUCGGAAGCCCUUCCAGUGCAAGUACUGCCCCUACAGCGCCUCCCAGAAAGGCAACCUGAAGACCCAUGUCAUCUGUGUCCACCGCAAACCCUUUGACAACAGCCUGUACCCCGAUCGGCGCCUACGCCGCUCUCACGCGCCGCCCCAGCGACCAUCCAAACUCCCUCCCAACAUCACGGAAGACGGCGUGGCUCCUGGCGGAGAGCAGAACGGCAUGACCUCGCUGUGUGGCACUUGAUGUUGUCAUGGCAGCAGACAGAUAUGGACAGCUACGAUUAGGGAUUAGGACAAAAAAAAAAAAAAAAAAAAAAAGUCAUAAACAAAGCUCGAUGUACAUUCCAGUAUUUCUCUGAAGGACCACAGUGUGUAUUUAUCUGUAGCGGCGACGCCGCGUGUUAUAAUAAAGUCCAUUGU